AUGGGUCCCUGGGUGAACGCCGCCUCGUCGGCUUCGAGCAUCACCUCUCCCGGCUUCGCUUCGAGCCAGGCCGCACGGCUGGCCUAUCCGAAAUCCGACAUUAGCAUCAACUUGAAGGACCACAGCAGUUCCAAGGUCUACACUUCGUUGUCUCCCGUGGCCGGCGACGUGACCAUCACCACCAGGCGCGACGUUCGCUUUGACUCGAUCCAGAUCCUCCUGUUAGGCCACACCAAGACCGCCUACGAGGGCAUGGGCAUGCCCCAGGAGGUGACCCACACGUUCCUCAAGAUGGUCAUGCCCAUACCCGAGUCCACCUACCCGCUCCCGAGGGUGCUCGAGGCCGGCCGGACCUUCAAGAUCCCCUUCAACUUCGUGAUCCCCAGCCAGCUCACCAUCAACGCGUGCAACCAUGCCCGGCACUCCGAGACCAUCCAGGACCACCACGUCAAGCUGCCGCCCAGCCUCGGCGGCUGGCAGCGCGACGACAUGGCCCCGAAGAUGGCUCAGGUCGUCUACUCGAUCAAGGCUCGCGUCGUGCGGGAGGACAGCGACUGCAGAACGCGCAUCAUGGAAGCCACCCACCCGAUCCAAGUCCUCCCGGCCACCCCCGAGGAGCCCCCGCUCAGCAUCACCGACAAGGACCGCCUCUACCGCAUGUCCAAGGCGAAGUACCUGCGCAAGAACAUGCUGACGACCAAGGUCGGCUGCAUCCGGGCCGAGGCCGUCCAGCCGGGCGCCGCCGUCCUGUCUCCCGACGGCCGCCGCGUCAUGUCCCACCCGAUGGCCCACAUCAAGCUCGUCUUCGCCCCGGAGUCCCCACGCGCCCUGCCGCCCACCAUCACCGGCGUCACCGCCAAGCUCACCGCGUACACCUACUUCUCCUCGGGAACCAUCCACUGCUUUCCCAACCUGGGCGAGUGGAUCACCCCGUGCUGCCCGGACCGCCGGGGCCAGUACUCCAGCUCCGUCGCCCUCCCCGCCGUGACGCUGGCGGAACAGCCCGCCUGGACCUCCCACCCGACCAUCCCGCGCCGGGAUUCCGGGUACGGGAGCAGCUGCGUGGAAGACAGCGACAGCAGCGACCACGAGGACCCGCGCACCAAGUGGGACUCGUCACGCUCCUCCUCGCCCCAAGCGCACCACACCGCUACCCUCGCCGUCCCGCUCUCGCUCCCGACCGACCGCAAGAUGCUGGUGCCCACCUUCCACUCGUGCAUCGCCUCGCGCGUCUACACGGUACAGCUGACCGUCGGGGUCGCGGCCAAGGGCGCCGGCUCCACGAGCCUGUCGGUCGUCGUCCCCCUGCAGAUCGCCGCAGACGGGGAAGGGGGAAAGGAGGCUGCGCGGGGCGACCGUCCGCCGAGCUUCGAGGAGGCCGCUGCCGACGAGCACCUCCGGCCGAGGGUGCUCCGGGCGCCGCCGUCGGAGGAGCAGACGAGGGAAGGGAGGGAGAGCUGGAUGCUGGCUGCGGGUGCGGCCGGGCAGGUGGCGGAUCGCGGCGGGCUGCCUGAGUACGACGACUCCGGACGGAGACGGAGGAGGGAUUGACUGACUGACCGACCUCCCUCCGCAAAAAAAAGUCUCGCGCAGGAAUGAGUUUAUGAUGCCUCUGGUCACUGAUCUCCUCUUUUCUCUUUUCUCUUUUCCUCUCUUUUUAGUUUUUUUUCUUUCUCUUUUUUUUUCUCUUGGCUACCCACCUAGGAUAUAAUCUUGGGACGCAGUCCUCGGGGCACUGCUUGGCGUUAAGAUUUUCGGGAUGGCGUUUAGGGAACUAAAAAUAAAACGAAGGGAAGAGGGACAGACAUGUUGAGUGAACCAGGCCAGAUUGUUACUGAACGAUAUAGACAUGGCUCGGAACAGGAUACCCGAGUAUUUACACUACUCGUCUAGUUUGAAUUUGUAAUUCUCGGUCUUAUUC